AUGGAACUGGAACCAAACUCCACAUCUUUAAACCACUCUGAUGGAACAAGUUCAAUAAAAGCUCAUAGUUUGUGGGAGGUCAUUACAAUUGCCAUUGUUAGUGCUAUUGUCAGCCUAAUUACUAUUGUGGGAAACAUCUUAGUUAUGGUUUCCUUUAAAGUAAACAGUCAACUGAAGACAGUCAACAACUAUUACCUUUUAAGCCUGGCCUGUGCUGACCUGAUUAUUGGAGUCUUUUCAAUGAACCUUUAUACUUCCUACAUUCUAAUUGGCCAUUGGUCCCUGGGUAGCCUUGCCUGUGAUUUGUGGCUUGCUCUUGAUUAUGUGGCCAGUAAUGCAUCAGUAAUGAACUUGCUAGUAAUUAGCUUUGACAGAUACUUUUCAAUUACAAGACCUUUAACCUAUAGAGCAAAACGUACCCCAAAAAGAGCUGGGCUUAUGAUAGGCCUAGCCUGGUUCAUAUCUUUCAUCCUGUGGGCUCCUGCCAUUCUGUGCUGGCAGUAUUUUGUGGGGGAGCGUACAGUUCCUCCAGAGGAAUGUCAGAUUCAAUUUCUUUAUGAGCCAAUUAUAACCUUUGGAACUGCUAUUGCUGCCUUCUACAUUCCUGUAUCUGUCAUGACAAUUCUUUAUUGUCGCAUCUACAAGGAGACAGAGAAGCGAACCAAAGAUCUGGCUGAGCUGCAAGGUUCCAGCUCUGUGGCUGACUUUGAGAUGAUGAAGCCACAGGGCGCACUUCUGAAAUCCUGUUUUAGCUGCAAACAGCAAACACUCACAAAGCGGGAAAGGUGCCAGGCAUCUUGGUCCUCCUCAAGUCGCAGCACUUCAGCCACUGGCAAAAUAUCUCAGAGCCCCAAUACCAGCAAUGAGUGGGCAAAAGAGGACCAACUGACCACUUGCAGCAGCUAUCCUUCCUCAGAUGAUGAAGACAAGCAAGGUAAGGAGGCUGUCUUCCAGGGCAAUUAUAAGAACCAAGUUGCAACUCAGAAGGAAGAAGAAGCUAAACAAAUUCUUUCAAAAGAGCAGCCAGCAUUGAAUGACUAUGACAGUGAGAGAUUCUUUUUGACCCCUGGCAAAGGACACUCACAAAAGGGUCAAAAGUGUGUUUCCUAUAAAUUCAGGAUUGUGGUGAAUGAUGAUGGUUCUCAGGAAGCGAGCAAUGGCUGCCGUAAAGUAAAAAUCACCCCUUGCUCCUCCAUGUCUAAGGGCCACUCUAUAAGAAGUAUGGACCCAAACAUUAAUAAUCAGCUCACUAAGCGCAAGAGGAUGGUUCUGAUCAAGGAGCGCAAAGCAGCACAGACACUAAGUGCCAUUCUUUUAGCUUUCAUCAUCACCUGGACCCCUUACAACAUCAUGGUUCUAGUCUCUACUUUUUGCUCCAACUGCAUCCCCUCCUCGCUCUGGCACCUGGGCUACUGGCUUUGCUAUGUUAAUAGUACAGUCAAUCCUAUUUGCUAUGCUCUUUGCAACAAAACAUUCAGAAAGACGUUUAAAAUGCUGCUACUGUGUCGAUGGAGGAAAAAAGGUGUGGAGGAGAAGCUUUAUUGGUAUGGACAGCAUCCUCCCAGCCAGAACAAGCUGCCAUGA